AUGAGUCCAAUGGUGAACAACACCAUCCAGUUUCAAGCGAUAAUAUCCGGCAGAUGGAGGCUGGCAUCAACCUCUUUCACGCGGUUUUGGGUUAUUGAAAAGGUCUGUGUAAGUGAGUGAAUAGCAAAAUGCAGGAGAUUGGUAAUAGGAUUUUCUUGAAGAGGUCGGCAACUAAAUACGCCUCUUGUUCGUAAACAACAUUAUUGCAAGGACAAGAAACAUGAAGCCGAUAACCACCACAACCACCACAACCACCAUGACCACCAUGACCACCAUGACCAUAGAGAAGAUUUCGAUCAUGCAGCAGACCAACUACAACGCCGACUUAUUUAUUUGAGAAUCCAAACAAAAAUUCCACAUAUGGAAGAUUCACGCCUCACCCAAGAGGAUUUGGACUAUUUCAAGAGUCUGCCGUUAGAGGUACAGGAAGAGUUCAUCCGCAAUAUGACGUACGCUCGAGUUCAUGCCGAUAUGACUUCCGAGGUUCCCAUCUGGGAGAAGGACCAGGAAAUCGAGCGCCUCCCCCGAACAACCCAAGAGAUCACCAAAAGAACAAAAGAAAUGCAACUAAGCCAUCAAGACGCGGUUGAAUAUCCUGAGGAGGUACUCAAGGAAGCAAAUGAAAGAGAGCAAAAGUUGAGUUUGGAAACCGUGGAAUCGAAGAAGGAAAGUGGAUGCGCAGAAGAUAUCGAUACCUCUAACGAUCCACCCAGUCAACCCCGACAUUCACAUGUUGAGAAUCUCGAAGCGGUCCGGAAAGAAGACUUGGAGCAGGGUUUCGCAUGUGAUUCUGAUGCUCUCUGGAGGGAAAAACUUUCCAAGGAGAUCAAGGAUUGUUUGCUCAAACACAAGAGUAGUUUUCUAAGAUUUGAGAAGACAAUCCUCGAGAGCGAAGUUUGA